AUGCAGUUGUUGCCUUUCUGUGUGGGCAUGCUGCUAUUCCACUGCGGCGAGGGAUCGCAAUGGAUUAGAACCUCCAUGAGUGGCAUGGACCAGACCUUGCUUUCCUUGAUUGACCAAGAGAGGAUGGACUAUUUGUCCACCAUUGCUGCAAGGCUGGACAGUCAUCGCUUGAGCUUUGUGGACUUUGAUCCAGAUCCAUCGGCGAAUCAAACAGGAAGUGCAGGACACACGUUGCUAAAUACUCCAAACAAAGAGCACGAGCAAAUGAACGACUUGUCACAGUUUUGGCUGCCGACCUUGGCAAUCCUGGCCAUAGCUUUCGAGGCGUUUCAUAUGAAGUGGUCAGAAGUAGAUUGGACUCUACAAGAUGCUGCUGGCGAUGGUCCUGAAGGAGCCAUGGCCGAGCAUGUUGAGACCAGCCUGGCAGGGCUGACCGUCAAGUUACUUCGCAGGGCCACCAGCUUGGCAAAGAUCUACUUUGUUGGAGCUGGAAAAGUCAAAGGCCGCGCGUACAUGGUGAUGCUUUUGUGUCAUAACUUCUUUGGGCAGUACCUGAGCUUAGUCAACUUUGACUACAUGAGCCGCUUUUGGAACUUUUAUCAGCAUCCAAGCCAAGCUGUCUUUAUGGCACUCAUGGGGAACUGGUUUGUCUUGUACGGGAGUAUGUGCCUCACAGCAGUUUAUUCGAGAUACAUUGAGAGCAUGCUGAUGAUUCACUGGAAGGACCACAUGACGCGCUACUUCCAGAGAAUCUGGGUCCCUCACAGCUACGCUUUCAAGAUGAAGGAUGAUCGUCGUCUUGACAAUCCAGACCAGAGGAUUCAAGAGGAUAUCGGGCAUUUUGUGGCAUCAUCCUAUGACCUCACUUUCGGACUGUUGGAUGCAAUCAUCCAGCUUGGAAUCUACAGCUUCAUGCUCGUGAAGGUACAGCCCAAGUCUGCGUUUCCAGGACUUUUGUUUGGCAUUGCUUUGACCUACACUGUGCUGGGUUCAGUGGUGGUGCACUGGAUUGGCAAAGAUCUUGCCAUUUUGUCAUGGCAAGGAGAGCGCUACGGAGGUCAUUUCCGUGCAGAGCUGCGGAGGGUUCACGAUCAAGGAGAGACAGUGGCUGCCUUACGGUCUCAUGAUGCAGAACUUACGAGACUUCAAAGUCGAUUCGAGGACUUGAAGUUGAACAAGUGGAAAGGAAUGAUUCUGAAGAAGAAGCUGGGAUGGUUUGACCGGAUCUACGAUCCCUUCAAGUCGGUCCUGUUUGUUUGCGUCCUCAUGCCCUUCUUCAUCAAGGGAGAGGUGUCACUGGGCACAGUGAAGCAAUGCGAGAUGGCCCUUUCGCGGAUCACUGCAUCGUUGAGUUUUUUCAUCCACGAGUACAAACAACUAGCAUCCUAUCGAGCUCAAGUGGACCGGCUCUACGACUUUAGAUGCUGUGGUCUUGCCUUCAUGAAGGACAAGCAAGCAGGCAAGCCACCGGGAACUUCAGAGUCGGCCGAUGUCCCUGAUGCACAGGCAGACCGAGAACUUCAUCAAGUCUUGGAACGCGGAGCACCAAGCAUCACAAGGGAGCUGGCUGAAGUUUUGGAAUUGAAGAGGGCAACCUUGUCCUUGCCUUCUGGUGAAACUCUGCUCGAUGUGGAUUUCCGGGUGACCCGAGGUACCAGCAUCCUGCUCUGUGGUGCUGAAGGGUCAGGUAAAUCUACCCUGCUGCGUGCGCUUGCAGGUAUUUGGCCGUUUGUGCGUUUGACUGAGCCACCGUCGAUGGCACUGACUCUGGAUGACUGCAUUCUCAUUCCGCAAAAGCCAAAGCUUCCUGCUCCCAUGACCAUCCGGCAAGCUUUGACAUUCCCCAAAGCUCCCGAGAACUUUUCGGACGAGCUGAUCUCCGAUGUCUUGCUCAAAGUCAGGUUGCCGGAGCUCUUGCUGCUGGAUCUUGAUGAACCGCUGGAUGCCACUUGGAUGAAACCCACACUUGUAUUUUUUGUUCUUGUUUGCCUCCAUUUGAGUUUGAAAUGGGACGUGGGACAUUGGACUCCCUUGAACUCUCAAAGCCUGUGA